GACAGAACUCCAGGAGCUCAAGAAGCCCUUUCACCUCUAAAAGCUCCGGAAGAAGCCAAAGGCCUCAUCCCCCCCAACGCUCCUUGAGUCCGGAGGAGAAGGAUCCAAUGGCUAGAGAUGCAGUCAAGUCACUCUACCAGAUCCACACGCGCGAGUGCGAUAUGUACAGGCAGCAGCCCCAGGCGCACCCGGACUAUGGAAAGGAGUAUAGGGCUUUCUACGAACGGAAAGCCCAUCAAGUGAUCCUCCUCGGCGGCGACCCUUGCACCUACGACCUGACGGAAGACUGGGGAAGCUUCUGGCCGGGGCGCAUGGAGGAGAUCUUCUGCGAGAGUUGGAAGAAGAAGAAGAUGGAGUGUUUGGCACUCCUUCGCCCCGCUUUGUCCUCGUCUUCGUCCUCGUCGUCGUCUUCGUCGUCUUCUUCGUCGUCUUCGUCCUCGUCCUCGUGUGAUUCCUCAGAUGAUUUGGGAUCUGAGUUUGAGGAAUCGAGUAAGCGCAAGCGGAAGAGGGGAAAGGCCAAGAAGAAACGAGUGUCCAAGAAGAGGAGAGUAAAGGCAGACAGAGAAUCACGGGAGGAUAAGAAGUCAGUCAAGAGGAAGGGAUCUCUGGAAACGGGUAAGUCCAAUAGCGGAAGGAAUUUCGACACUGUAGCAUCCUUGGGUGAUUGUGGCAGCAAAGGAAAUAUGGACUUUGUUGCUGAAGGCUUCCCUCGACAUUCUAGUCUUGCUGAAGACGGCCAUCACUCCUUACCAGACGUGGUAAGAAGAGGUGAUGGUAUGGAAACUGCAGCUAGGAUGCACAGAGUCCAUGAAGCAAGCGGCAGCAGUCGUGAACGUCCAUUAGAGGAACCAGCUAGAAAGGAAAAUAGCGCAGACUUCGAUCUUUAUAACCGUACUAAGGUAAAGCCAGGUUUAGACGAUACUAAGUUCGAUAGCAAGAAACUCCAAGAAAUAUUUAAUAAUCAACCAACAGAAGUGACGGAUUUCUUGGCCAAGAUCUUCCAAGGAACAAGCCCAAAGGCUCAGAGUACUUCAGCUUUCGUUAGCACCAGCGCCCCUUCUGCCAGAAGCCAGGAGUCAUUUGACAGAUCUUUGAAAGAGAGGGAGUCAGAUUUAUUACACUCUGGUGAAAGAAGAAGGAAAGAUAGUCACUCUGGUGAAAGAAGAAGGAAAGAUAGUCUCUCUCUUGGGAAGGAAAGCAGUAACUCCAUAGACAUGUUCCAGCUAACGAUGCCAGAAACUACUACUGAUUACGAGACCACAGUGAUGAACCUUUUAAAUCCUGACAGAAAAGAACCUCACAGAACCAGUGCAUUGGAGCCUCCAACUCGUAGGACCUCUGAGGCUCCAGUCCGCUAUCCAAGACUUAAUUCGCCAGCUGUCUCUCAGACACUGGGAACAUCAUCUCUGUUGUCUGAAGGUAGUAGUAGCAGUCAUUUCUUACACAGUCCACUAGAGCGGGAAAGUUCAGGCUCAUCAGAAAGACUCCACCGGCGGGAAGAAAUGAACUAUAAAGUGAGGGGCAGAGACUAUCCAAGCAGUGAGCAGAAAACUUCUCUGAAAGGUAACAUUGGAACCUCAAAAGCUCCAUCACUGAGAGCGUUUGAGACCCUCAAUCAGCAGAGUUUCAUGGAAUUUUUCAACUCCCCAACGACAUCCCAGGCUUUGGGGACUUCAAGUCACGUCACGUCAGAAGAAGUCUUGGACGUGUUGAAGAUCCUGGACCGGAACGGAGAGAAGAUGGGCGAACUCAGGUACCCAAUCAGAGUCCUGUAUGAGAAAGCCUCUGAUCUGCAGCAGUGUGGCCAGGGCGCCAUGAAGAUCUUCUCCGAGAGCGAGAACAUCACGCUCAUGAAAGUCAUCAGCAAGAGGAUGUACCGGCUGUCGAACGAUGGCACGCUGAGCAUCAUUCAGAAGGUGAUCAUGCAGGAAGCUUUAGAGAGGCUAAAUAAGCUUCUGGAGCAAGAGAAGGAGAGGUCUCUCUAUGACUCCACUGACGUUAAGAGCAUUGCCCGUGCUUGUCUCAGGAAGGACGUCGAGGCCACCCUGACCUUCAUCCGGGAUGCUCUCGCGUACGAAGGCCACUCGGACAUCUCGCAGGAGCUGCUCAAGAAGAUCUACCUCAGGGUGAAAGGGGAGCAACUGAACAUGAUCUCCGGAAGUACGGGUAGAUCUAUGUUGGACUAGACUCCCUCUAUUAGGAUUGGAACCUCUUUGAUGGAGUUGGAUCCACUGUACUGGAGUCAGAUCCUCUUUUGUGCAAUUGGAUGUACUUUGCAAGAGUCAGAUCCACUUUUCUAGAGCUGGAUCUACUUAGUAAGAGAUCCACUUUUCUAGAGU